AUUUAUGUGUUGUACAGAUAAUUAACAAAAGAAUCCACCAAAGCCAGGAAUUAAAACAAAAUCAAAUGCUCCUGGAUAAAAGAGAGAUAUAAAAGUAGUAAUGCUUGGUGAUAAGGCUGUUGGUAAAAGUUCAAUUGCUUCAAGAUUCUGCUUUGAUAAGGUAUAGAAUAAACUUAAAUAUCAAUUAGUUUCAAUUAGAAUAUGAAAUAACAAUUGGAGGAGUAUAUAAUAGUGUGGAUAUGAAUGUAAAAGGUAUUUGAAAUAAUUUAAAUGGAUAGGUUAAAACUUAAAGAUUCAUUUAUGGGAUACAGCAGGAGAAGAGAAAUUUAGAUCAUUACUUUCAUUAUAUUAUAGAGAUGCAAAUGCAGCCAUAAUUGUAUAUGAUAUUACAUAAAGUGAUACCUUUUAAUCUGUUUCAACAUGGCUAAAAGAAUUAGAAGAGAAAAUCUAAAAGGAUGGUAAGAAUAACUUACAUAAUUGAGGGAUGGCUUUGGCUUUAGUAGGCAAUAAAUGUGAUUGUUUAGAAUCUGAAAGAAAAGUUCCAAAAGCUAAAGCUACUGAUUUUGCAAAGCAGAAUGGUAUGAUAUUUUAUGAGACAUCUGCAAAAACUGGAGAAGGUGUUAAAAAUUUAUUUUAGCAAUUAAUUGAGACAUAUGUUGCAGAGAAUAUGUGA